AUGGGCAGCCCUCGCUCCGCGCUGAGCUGCCUGCUGUUGCACUUGCUGGUUCUCAGCCUCCAAGCCCAGGAAGGCCCGGGCGGGGGGCCUGCGCUGGGCAGGGAGCCCGCUUCCCUGCUCCGAGCUGGCCGGGAGCCCCAGGGUGUCUCCCAACAGGUAACUGUUCAGUCCUCACCUAAUUUUACACAGCAUGUGAGGGAGCAGAGCCUGGUGACGGAUCAGCUAAGCCGCCGCCUCAUCCGGACCUACCAGCUCUACAGCCGCACCAGCGGGAAGCACGUGCAGGUCCUGGCCAACAAGCGCAUCAACGCCAUGGCAGAAGACGGAGACCCCUUUGCAAAGCUCAUUGUGGAGACUGAUACCUUUGGGAGCCGAGUUCGAGUUCGGGGAGCAGAGACUGGGCUCUACAUCUGCAUGAACAAGAAAGGAAAGCUGAUUGCCAAGAGCAAUGGCAAAGGCAAGGACUGCGUGUUCACGGAGAUCGUGCUGGAGAACAACUACACGGCGCUGCAGAACGCCAAGUACGAGGGCUGGUACAUGGCCUUCACCCGCAAGGGGCGGCCCCGCAAGGGCUCCAAGACGCGCCAGCACCAGCGCGAGGUCCACUUCAUGAAGCGGCUGCCGCGGGGCCACCACACCACCGAGCAGAGCCUGCGCUUCGAGUUCCUCAACUACCCGCCCUUCACGCGCAGUCUGCGGGGCAGCCAGAGGACUUGGGCCCCGGAGCCCCGAUAGGCCUGCCAGGCUCCUCCCCAUCGCCCCGCGGCCCAGCCUUCUCCGGGGGAGCCCG